CGUUACCACGUAACGCCCAAGCAUCACCGACAAUCCCUCAUACUACAAAACUUGUCGUGGCUUUGAAAAUAACGACACCCCUCACCCGUUCUGACCCUCUAGCGUACCGCCAAACCACCGGACACCAUGGCGAAUAUGUCGAGUAAAAAGCGAAUGUCUCGCCAGCACCCUCCAUCCAAUUUCUAAAAGGGCGAAUGCAGAUCCUCCUUCCGUUUCAGAACUACGAUAAUCGGAAAUCACGGUUGUGCUUAUCGUGUGUUUGCGGAGCGAGAAGCUUUUACCGAGAGCCUCAUGAAUAACCCCCAGUCUCUGUUUCACUUUUGACCGACGUCAUCCAGGACCCGCUACUUUCUACCCUGAUCCUUCUUUCAUCCACAACGAUGAUGACACCAUAACAGCCAGUUUUCAACAGAGGGGCUGAGAAUGAGAUGAGGAUCCGGGGGUAAUAAGGAUAGAAAAACGAGAAAUUCUUUGGAUAAUUGAACGUGCAAUAAACGUAUGAAGUACGAAGGGGAAUUGGGACUAUUGGGAUCUAUCCGAUUCAUUUCCGAGAGCAAGCAAAGAACUCUAGGCGAAUUCGUUGCCCGUCCUUUCAAGCGAGUCAUCGUUUGGUCAUCGUACAUAUGACGCACGAAAGCGGAACCAGUAGCCAGUUGUGUUAUUGGAUAGUGGAAUGACUACCCAAGCAUUCCUCUCUGGUGUUGACGUUGAACGCUUGACCACAUCGAUACGGCGCUAGAUUCCUCCGCGGUUUUUCAAGGCGGUACUCCGAUCUGCGGUCGGACUGUCAUCUAGCUCCAAAAACAAUACAAUUGAGCCGGCGGAUCGGUGGUAUCCGGCUUAAGCCGUUAGCGGCUUUUCCCGUGGAUGAAUGUGAAUCCCAUAAAGCUGAUUCGGCCAUUGAUUGAUUCUUGUUUGGACUCCCUCGCACGCCGUAGAGAUGUCAACACGACGUACUCUUUCUCGGCCGAUCCAGAGUUGUUUUCAGUGCCGUAAAAGGAAGAUUAGAUGCAACCGUUCACAUCCUUGCGCUCCAUGUCUCUUGCGCGGCGAAGGGGAUGUAUGUCAUGAGGUCGAGAGAAACAUUGCGAGGGCUAUUGGCCCCGGCGUAACGGUUGAAGCUGUCGAACAGCUGGUUACGAGAGUAGGAGCCCUUGAACGGAGUGCGACAAAAUUGGCGAAAUUGAUGGCCCAAGGUUCCUCAAGGACUGAAUUCAUUCAUUGCGCCGCACCUCAGAAGACAGCCCUUACCAGUCCCCAGCAAGUUGCUUCAAAGGUCCGACAGCCUGCGUGUACCGAAUCUGAAGAGGGAGCCGCUAUAAUACUCGCACAACUUGCGAUGGGGAAUCCCAUCCCGCCUCCAAGCUCCAACAGGAUUAUUUCUCCGAAUGCGAAUGGACUCCCAAAGGAACAUCCUUUAUCCCUUCUUGUCCAGCCAUCGACCAGCGUUAUCCCUCGAAUUCUCUCUCACCUUCCAGAUGGAUAUGAGUCGAGGUCCCUAGUUCGGACCUAUUUCGACAGAAUCGAAUGGUAUACCAGAAUCUUUCAUUACCCCACAUUCUCCUACGAGGUGGAGAUUAUGGCAAGCCAAAUAUCCGACUCCUCCGCAUCCCCAGAAUCAUACGACACCCCUGCAGCUCCUCGUAUUUCUCUCCCGUUCCUCUCCACCUACUUCAUGGUGUUGUGCCUCGCUUAUCAUUUCAUCGAGCCCGAAAUGUGCAAGGUUCUGGGUAUUACCUUUGCAGAAGCUGCUGAGAAGUCCAAGAAGAUGUAUAACGCCGCUCAACUCUGCCUUUGGGUCGACAAUUAUGGGGAGAAUCAUUCUUUGGAAGGCGUUCAAACGCUCAUACUCAUGGGCAUCUACCAACAAAACAUUGGCGAUUCUGAUUCUCAUUGGGCGCUUUUGGGGUCUGCGAUCAAGAUCGCUCAAAACUUGGGCAUUGACCGUUUGGGUACCGAGUACGACAGAAAAACAUACCUUGGUCCGUGGAAGUCAGUGGUCAGAAGGGAGGUUGGGCGGCGCGUAUGGUGGAACUUGAUCCACAAUGAAUGGUCAAACGCUGCGACACAUCACGGGAGCUACUCUAUCAUUCCGUCGCAGAACCGCACCGGACUACCGCUCAACGUCAACGAUAUUGAUCUACAAGAUGAUUUUGGACCAAUCGAGCAAGCUCCCCAUACCAAAUAUACUGAAAUGACAUACUCGCUCAUGCGUUUCCGGAUUCAGACCUAG